ACAUCCCAAAAAGGUUCUUUGAACAUCAGAUUAAAACGUUUCUUUAAAACAUUAUUAUAACCUGUAGGUCAUGUUAGCCAAAGUUGUGAGAACUUUCCCCGCUAGCUGGGCUUACAGUUAAUCACCUGUUGUGUGAAUGAGAGGGUCUGUAUUCCUGAUGACCACUUAGAGCUUUGAUUAUUCAGAUCACAAUGUUGUGCACGUUAAAAUGAGCUGAUCACUGCUCUUCACCCUGCUGACCCCGACUGCACACCCACCUACAGAUCCAACACUUCUUACAUUUGCAGAACACAACCUGACUUUGACUUUUGCAUUGCUUUUAGAUGAAAUUGACCUUGUAGAAAGUUGGCUGCCAUCCAGCUUUCACAUUUGUCAAUAUAAGUUAAUGGUUAGAUUGUAAGGGCGAUGAGUAAUACAUCCUUUGUUAAACAGGGAAGUAUUGAUUGCUUUGUUAUUGUACCCGUUUGAUAACCACUAAUUUUACCUAAAGAUUUGAACAUCAUCCAGAUCCAAUGGUGACCCUUUGGGAGGCGGUUUCAGUGCAUGAUGUAAUACAAAAUUGAGGCACACAUGUAAUAAAAACACUGCCUUUACAAAUACGUUUUUCCAGUUCAAUCUGAACCUUAGUCUCUAUCUGUCCGUUAAUAUCACACUUAAAGCUGUAUACAACUCCUAAUGUAUGAAAGGUGUGAAACAUUUAAAGGUUGGAAUGGAGUAUUAACCUCUUCUAUACCGCACCCCCGAUACCGGGGGUGCGAUGUUUGGCCACUUUACAUGUUCUUGGACUAACACAUUAUUCUGGGGCUCUGUGGGGAACGAGAGGUUUCCUAAAAUUCCACAAAAUUGGAUAAACCGCACAUGUGACCUGUUUCUAAUCUACUUGAUGCUAUUUACUCCCACAGGAGGUGGCGGUUUGCAAAUGUGAGGCUCAAACUAAAAUCUGAAGAUUCUGUUUCUUUUAGGCCUGAAAGAUGGAGAGAAACACUUAUUUUCACUGGAGUCUUUACAGUGGAAAAAUAAUGGAUGUACAUUUGUAAAUAAUGUUUUUAAUGUUCCUAUUACCAAUGCUUACCUGAACCCUGAAAAGUGUUCUUCCCUACAGGAUUUAGUUACACAUGAGUUCAUGUGUAAAAAGGGCUAUAAAUUCACAAUUUUGUAAUGUGGAUUUUUUAACAGAUAUUACAGUGAGCGGGGUUUGAAAUGUAGAAAGAACAUAUCACAGUUAAGUUAAGCUAAAACAUAGUAAUGUGAUGAUAUAGAUACAGAGAAAAAAACUGAAUAAAUACAUACAAAAUAAAAUGCUCAAAAUUAUCAUUUUGCGUUCUGUUCUUUGUCUUUAUAUUUUGAAAUAUUUCACUAAUGAAUUCAUUAUUUUAUUUAUUUAUCUUUGUAUUUUUACAUUUAUCUACAUAUUCAAUCUUCUAUUUAUCCAUGUUUAUAUAUGUUUUAAAUAGUGUAUUUACCUGUUUAGUGUACUUUUUUGAAACCUGUAAAAUACUGUAUUAACUUCUUUGUAUUUGCGUUCCUUUUUUCUUAUUCUAGAAUCAGAAGCAAUGGGCCAGAGGGAGUUCUGUUUAGCUUACGUACGUUGUAUUGACUAAUGCAGUGCCUCGGCCCUGCUGCUGCAACACGGGGGGUGUUGUUUGCUUAACUAUUUUUGAUUCAAAGCUUACUAAUAUUAAAUAUGUUGAAUGUCCAAAUGGACUUCCCAGAAAUACACCCACCAAGUGUGAACGGACAAACUGUUCUCGAGAUUGUAAAUAUUAAAAUAAGAACUAUUUAUUUCAUUCAUGCUAUUUUUCAGAAUAUACAAUAAUAAUAAAUAUAAAUAAUAAUAAUAAUAAAUAUAUAAAUAUACUAAAUAUACUUGUUGUCCCCAGCAUAAAGGACAUAGGCUUCCUAUAGACCCAGCAGCAGGCGUUGCUUUCUGAAAACCACUUCACUUCUCCGUAGGCCCACCCACCAGAAGCAGUCAGCCGUCUCCAUGUUCUUUAUAAAGCAGCAGCAGUCUGCCUCCUGCACACAGCUGCUGAUCACCCACCAGACCAGAUAGGCCUCGUCUCUCUCGUGUCGGCAAGAAGCAGCGUUCCAAGCCAAGAACCAACCGUCUUGCACAGCCAUGGCGGCGGCAGUCGAGACUGCUGGUGCAGCGAUCGGAAUUGCAGCAACCAUUUCUGACCUAAUACCAACACACCGAGAGUGCUGCAUUGAGAUUGAUAAUGAAUGUGCUACCUACACAUUUGUCAACCCAAGGAUAUACCUUUCAAGUGGAUUCUGCGCUACACCUUUUCCACCGACUGUUGCCCCUCAAGCCUCUGGGAUUGCACUGUUCACCAAGACUCCAAACACAGCUCGAGGAUCUGUUGGCGUCUUUACCUACGAUCUCCUGAAGAAGGAUAAAAAACCGGCAGCUGAGAAAAUAGCUGUCAUGUUUUCUGUGCCCUAUGAUUUUGUCUCGUUCAAAAACUGGUACGCCUUGGGAGUUUUUGAUAAGAGCAAACAGUGUGAUGUUGGUCUUUAUAAUCAGAUGUACAAUGACAACCAAACCACGUUUAGGAGACAAAUACCGGAUGGCUCCUGUCUCACUUAUGAGGGGGAUCACAUAACCAUCAUGGCAACAAUGUCAGAUGCUUACGAACCUGUCAUCAAGGUGCAAGUUACCCAAAAACGGAAAAAAAAAUUGAAGAAAAAAUAAAUGAGUGAGUCAGAAUCAGGGUUAAAGGUAUCAGAGUUUUAAUUAGCUCUCAUUAUCAAAUCAGUAAUAGCUUUGUACUUGGCUGCAUUUUGGGUCAUCUGUGUUACACAGAUACAAAAAGUCACAUGACUUGAAAGCAUGCAACGUCUUAUACUAUUCUCUUUACAUUACAUUGCAUUUAGCUGACGCUUUUAUCCAAAGCGACUUACAAUAAGUACAUUCGACCAGGAAGACACAACCUUGAAGAAAACAGAAUCAUAAAGUACAGGUUUCAUAGAGCCAAACAUUUCAAGUGCUACUCAACUGGCUUUAGAUAAGCCAGUCCUUUAUUAGUAUAUAAGUGCUUUGUCUUUAUUUGUAUCUCUACACCUUUGAACAUGUACAAUUGCUUUUACCGGGGUUCAAUUAUAUCACAACGUAUUCAAUUUGUGGAAAAUACUUUGAAACUCUAAAUAAUUUCACAUUGUUAUGAUUCCCUUUUUAAUAAAAAACAUGAUAUAAUAGUAA